AUGUGUACAACACCGGGUUUCACUGCACCACCGUACCACAUUAAGACACCGCCUUACAGCCCGAAGUAUUUGCCUCUGUCCUACUGCUCCACGCUACUUUUCUCCUCGCUCGCCGUCGUCGAUAAAGCUACAGUGAAGCCGAAGAGAAGCGAGCUGCACACAGGGUACCUGGGGGAGCUAUUCCAGAUGCGGCGAAUCUCUGAUUCGCUGAAGCACCGCUCCAAGGAGGUGCCCGUCUACAUUACCCUGGGCGGCGACCUCGCGGACUCUGCCAACAUCUCGAAAGCACUCAGCAGCCAGAAUAGUCGCAACAGUUUCGCUUACCUCAUCAAAUAUAUUACCGGCGGCUUUUUCAAAGGCCUGCACCUGGACUGGGACCAUCCAGGCGGGCGCUGCGGGGACCCCAACGAUACGGCCAACCUGCAGGCCCUCGUCCUCAACCUAAACGGGACCGUGGAGUUAAUGCUGAGCGUGCCGCCGUCGCCUGCCCUGGUGUCCCUGUACAACCUGAGUGGCAUCAUUCACAGGCUUAAGCUGGUCAUCGUGAAGACGCACACCAUCCGGCAGGACAACUUACUCUCCUGCACGGGAGACAGGGCAGACGCGCACGCGGCAUUUAUGGCCAUCCGCGCAAGCGUGCCUGAAAGUUACCGCAACAAGCUGGCCUACACCAUCCAGGUCGGCGUGGACAAGUUUGAGCCCAACAGCGCGGUACCGGCGGUCACUGACCUCACAAGCGGACACCCCGGUCGCACCACGUACAGACGGGUGUGCGCCCAGUACCCGGAUGUCGAGGCACCCGUGGGCGUCGAGUGUCGCCUGGGGACCUUCGUCGAGCACGGCAAAGAGUACCAGGUGGCCUUCGCCGGACCGCGGGAACUGAAGGCGCGCAUGCGCAACAGCUACGCCGACGGCAUGGGCUCUGUGCCCGUCGUCGUGUACGGCCUCGACCUCGACGACUUCUUGGGCAGGUGCUCCGGUGGCGUUAUGUCGCCCCUGGUACGCGCCGUCGCCACGGGAGGGCCCUGAGCAAGAGCACCUCGUCCUCUGAACUCCGUCUACCCGUAAAGGCUGUUUCACACAUUUAUGCUCGACUGUUCCGAGUGUACCGUGCGUGUCGUGAUUUCAGUCAGUCAGUCAAUCAGUGAACCUUUUAUUAGUGAAUAGAAUCAGGGUUCCUGGCUGGCAAAUCGCUGGCAAACUGGCGCCAUCUUUCGGGCCGGUAGCCCUCGCCAUAUUUGCGAGGGCAAAUUUCCGCACAAUUUAUGAGGAAUAGCCGCUCAUAACAUGGCCAGAGUUAUUUCAAGUCUUGAGGCUGGUUAACGCAGCACCGUUUUCUUGCGCUACGAAGCUGAGACACGACCGCAAGUCAAAUCAAGUUUAUUUCCAGAAACUCUGGUGGGAAAGCCCAUACAAAAAGCUGUUAAAAAACAGCUUGAUUAGGUAUGGGCGCGCUCCAGCCCAACAGCGCGGUGCCGGCAGUCACUGACCUCUCGAGCGUACACCCCGGUCACACCGCCGGCACAUCCGGUCGUAUCUCGACGCAAGGGUACGCAGCGCAAGAAAAUGGUGCUGAGUGAACCAGCCUUUAGCCCUAAGCAUACAUACAU